AGCGAAGUCGAGGAGGGAUGGAGAGCGGGCCGCCCGGGUUGCAAGAGCACCGGCGCGGGGCGUAGGCGGGCGAGAGGCGGGCGUGAGGCGGGCGCUCGGGCACGAGAAGUGUGCGGGCGCAGGAGCACUUUGCGAUAGGAUGAGGCUCUUGGCUGGCGCGCGGUAGUACUAUGAUUUGGUAUGUGGCCACUUUGAUAGCAAGUGUGAUCAGCACCCGAGGUCUUGCGGCUCAAGGCGCCCACGGCCUGCGAGAGGAGCCUGAAUUUGUGACCGCGCGAGCUGGCGAGGGUGUGGUCCUGCGAUGCGACGUGAUCCACCCGGUGACGGGACAGCCCCCGCCCUAUGUCGUAGAGUGGUUCAAGUUUGGGGUCCCCAUCCCUAUCUUCAUCAAGUUUGGCUACUACCCUCCCCACGUGGACCCUGAGUAUGCAGGCCGGGCCAGUCUUCAUGAUAAAGCAUCCCUGCGGCUGGAGCAGGUUCGCUCUGAGGACCAGGGCUGGUACGAGUGCAAAGUGCUCAUGUUGGACCAGCAGUAUGACACCUUUCACAACGGCAGCUGGGUCCACCUCACCAUCAAUGCCCCUCCCACCUUUACAGAAACACCCCCCCAGUACAUCGAGGCCAAGGAGGGUGGCAGUAUUACCAUGACCUGCACAGCUUUUGGGAACCCCAAGCCCAUUGUUACCUGGCUCAAGGAGGGGACGCUCCUCGGUGCUAGUGGAAAGUACCAGGUGAGUGAUGGUAGCCUGACAGUGACAUCGGUCAGUCGAGAAGACAGAGGCGCCUACACCUGUCGAGCGUACAGCAUCCAGGGCGAGGCUGUCCACACGACCCACCUGCUUGUCCAAGGGCCUCCUUUCAUCGUUUCCCCUCCCGAGAACAUCACCGUCAACAUAUCCCAGGAUGCUCUGCUCACCUGCCGUGCAGAGGCGUAUCCCGGCAACCUCACCUACACCUGGUACUGGCAGGAUGAGAACGUCUACUUUCAGAAUGACCUGAAGCUGAGGGUGCGGAUCCUGAUUGAUGGGACCCUGAUCAUCUUCCGGGUGAAACCAGAGGAUGCGGGGAAGUACACCUGUGUCCCUAGCAACAGUCUGGGGCGCUCCCCCUCUGCCUCGGCAUACCUGACGGUGCAGUACCCAGCCCGUGUCCUCAACAUGCCCCCUGUAAUUUAUGUGCCCGUGGGAAUCCAUGGCUAUAUCCGCUGCCCUGUGGACGCAGAGCCACCGGCCACCGUGGUCAAGUGGAACAAGGACGGCCGCCCCCUGCAGGUCGAGAAGAACCUAGGUUGGACCUUGAUGGAGGAUGGUUCUAUUCGAAUUGAGGAGGCCACAGAGGAGGCUCUUGGCACUUAUACCUGUGUGCCUUACAACACCCUGGGGACCAUGGGCCAGUCUGCUCCCGCGCGGCUUGUCCUGAAGGAUCCCCCGUAUUUUACGGUGCUACCAGGUUGGGAGUACAGGCAAGAGGCUGGCCGGGAGCUGCUCAUCCCCUGUGCGGCUGCCGGGGACCCCUUCCCCGUCAUCACAUGGAGAAAGGUAGGGAAGCCCAGUAGAAGCAAGCACAAUGCCCUGCCCAGCGGGAGUCUCCAGUUCCGCGCCCUGAGUAAGGAGGACCACGGGGAGUGGGAAUGUGUCGCCACCAACGUGGUCACAAGCAUCACUGCCAGCACCCACCUCACCGUCAUCGGCACCAGCCCCCACGCCCCGGGCAGUGUCCGGGUCCAGGUCUCCAUGACAACUGCCAACGUGUCCUGGGAGCCCGGCUAUGACGGAGGAUACGAGCAGACAUUCUCAGUUUGGAUGAAGCGGGCACAGUUUGGGCCCCAUGACUGGCUAUCCUUGCCAGUGCCGCCGGGACCCAGUUGGCUGCUGGUGGACACCCUGGAGCCUGAGACAGCAUACCAGUUCAGUGUCCUGGCUCAGAACAAGCUGGGAACCAGCGCCUUCAGUGAGGUGGUCACUGUGAACACUUUAGCAUUCCCUAUUACAACUCCAGAACCCCUGGUGCUGGUCACCCCACCGAGGUGCCUCAUAGCCAACCGGACUCAGCAGGGUGUGCUCCUGUCCUGGCUCCCCCCCGCCAACCACAGCUUUCCCAUUGACCGCUACAUCAUGGAGUUCCGCGUCGGGGAGCGCUGGGAGAUGCUGGACGAUGCCAUCCCAGGCACCGAUGGGGACUUCUUUGCCAAGGAUCUGUCACAGGACACCUGGUACGAGUUCCGGGUUCUGGCCGUCAUGCAGGAUCUGAUCAGCGAGCCCAGCAACAUCGCCGGUGUCUCCAGCACAGACAUCUUCCCGCAGCCGGACCUGACUGAGGAUGGGCUGGCACGGCCCGUGCUGGCCGGAAUCGUGGCCACCAUCUGCUUUUUGGCAGCUGCCAUCCUGUUCAGCACCCUGGCCGCCUGCUUUGUCAACAAGCAGCGCAAGCGUAAGCUCAAGCGCAAAAAAGACCCUCCACUCUCUAUCACUCACUGCCGGAAGAGCCUUGAGUCGCCCUUGUCCUCUGGCAAGGUGAGCCCCGAGAGCAUCCGCACACUCCGGGCCCCAUCAGAGUCUUCCGAUGACCAGGGCCAACCCGCGGCCAAGAGGAUGCUGAGUCCCACCCGGGAGAAGGAGCUGUCCUUGUACAAGAAGACCAAGAGGGCCAUCAGCGGCAAGAAGUACAGCGUGGCCAAGGCUGAGGCCGAGGCGGAGGCCACCACCCCCAUCGAGCUCAUCAGCAGAGGCCCCGACGGCCGUUUUGUGAUGGACCCUGCCGAGGUGGAGCCCUCGCUGAGGACCAGGCGCAUUGAGGGCUUCCCCUUUGCCGAAGAGACAGACAUGUACCCCGAGUUCCGCCAGUCGGACGAGGAGAACGAGGACCCGCUGGUGCCCACAUCUGUGGCCGCCCUGAAGUCCCAGUUGACUCCUCUGUCGUCUAGCCAGGAGUCCUACCUGCCACCACCAGCAUACAGCCCUCGGUUCCAGCCCCGUGGGCUGGAGGGCCCCGGCGGCCUGGAAGGUCGACUCCAGGCCACGGGCCAGGCCAGGCCCCCCGCCCCCCGGCCCUUCCACCACAGCCAGUACUAUGGGUACCUCAGCAGCAGCAGCCCUGGGGAGGUGGAGCCGCCCCCGUUCUACGUGCCAGAAGUGGGCAGCCCCCUGAGCUCCGUCAUGUCGUCCCCACCCUUGCAUACCGAGGGGCCUUUUGGCCACCCCACCAUCCCCGAGGAGAACGGAGAGAAUGCGUCUAACAGCACACUGCCCUUGACUCAGACGCCAACAGGAGGGCGCUCCCCUGAGCCCUGGGGCCGGCCGGAAUUCCCGUUUGGGGGCCUGGAAACCCCAGCCAUGAUGUUCCCCCCUCAGUUGCACCCCUGCGAUGUGGCCGAGAGUCUGCAGCCCAAGGCUGGCCUCCCCCGAGGACUGCCCCCCACCUCCCUCCAGGUGCCCGCAGCCUACCCAGGCAUCCUGUCUCUGGAGGCACCAAAGGGAUGGGCGGGCAAGUCGCCUGGCAGGGGUCCCGUCCCAGUGCCCCCGGCCGCCAAGUGGCAGGACAGACCUAUGCAACCUCUGGUGAGCCAAGGGCAGCUAAGACAUACCAGCCAAGGUAUGGGCAUACCCGUGUUGCCUUACCCCGAGCCGGCUGAGCCGGGGGGGCAUGGCGGCCCCAGCACAUUUGGCCUGGAUACCCGGUGGUACGAGCCCCGGCCCCGGCCCAGCCCCCGGCAGGCCAGGCGCGCCGAGCCCAGUUUACAUCAAGUGGUGCUACAGCCCUCCCGGCUCUCACCUCUGACCCAAAGUCCCCUCAGUUCCCGCACCGGCUCCCCUGAGCUUGCUGCUCGUGCCCGGCCCCGCCCGGGCCUCCUGCAGCAGGCGGAGAUGUCGGAGAUCACUCUGCAGCCACCGGCCGCAGUCAGCUUCUCUCGAAAGUCCACGCCGUCCACAGGCUCCCCUUCCCAGAGCAGCCGCAGUGGGAGCCCCAGCUACCGACCUGCCAUGGGCUUCACCACCCUGGCCACGGGCUACCCUUCCCCUCCGCCGGGCCCCGCUCCUGCUGGGCCUGGGGACAGCUUGGACGUGUUUGGACAGACGCCUUCCCCCCGAAGGAUGGGGGAGGAGCUGCUCCGACCAGAGCCCCCACCACCCACGUUACCACCUUCAGGAACACUUCCACCUGCACCCGGGAAUGCUGCUGCACCUGAGAGGCUGGAGGCUCUGAAAUACCAACGGAUAAAGAAGCCCAAAAAGUCAUCCAAGGGCUCUUCGAAGUCAAAGAAACGAUCCGACGGUUCUGCCUCCCAGGCUCAGCAGCCUCCCAACUCUCAGGUUCUGUGGCCCGACGAAGCUGUCUGCCUCCGAAAGAAGAAGAGACACUCUCGUCCUGACCCCUUUGCCCGGCUCUCGGACUUGUGCCACCGCCAGCUUCCAGAGGACCAGACGGCGAUUCUCAACAGCGUGGACCACGAUGACCCAGGCCAUGCCACUCUGCUGUGACUCGGCCUCACCCUAGGUGUCCCCCAGGCGGGCUCGGGCAGGGGGGGCACCACAGGGGGACAUGUCCUCCUCCGCCCACCAAGGUUGGCCCAGACCGUCAUUCUGCGUGCCCUCUCUCUUGCCGGAGCAGGAGUGUCCCUCCAGAUCCUGGCCAAUCAGCCUCAUCUUUGGGAUGAAGGGCUGGGGCAGACCUUCCACCUUGGGUCAAGGUCAGGAAGUGAAUUGGGGACAGGAGAUAUCCGUCUCCUCCGUUCCUCCCUCUGCUUCACUAGAUUAAUGUUUUCUCAUCUCUUCCAAUGUCUUUGGAAGUGAAGAAGAGGAAAGAAAUGGCUUUUACUGGUCUCUGCUUCUGUUUCAGUUUUCCAGGUUCUGGAAGAGGGCUGGGCUCCCAUCCCAUCUUCCAAGCUCCACAUAUAUAUAGAUAUAGAUACAAAAGCAUAU